UCCUGUUUCCCCUGGAGUCAGUGAAGUGAGUCACAGAGCUUUCAGCCAGCGAGCGGUGCCCAUAGGAAUGCAGGGAGGCUAGCAAGCCGAGUUUGUGGCGAGGAGGAGGGCAGAGGAGCCCCCCGUACAUACCCAAAACUCUGUGGAGUGUUCGCGUUAUUAGACUUUUUUUUUAUCCGCUUUGUUAAAGUUCUGGAAAUUUGUUUCUCUAUUUUUUUUUUUAAUGAGGUUAGGAUAACCCACGCACAGUAUGGAUUCAGUGGGCUUCUGGUGGGUCGCUACUUUACUGUGGAGUUUGACAGCCAGCGGGAGUCUCUCUAUUCCACGGAGUUCGGAUGACAUGCAGAUGGUGGAGUACAAUGAUGGACCAAGGAUGUGCAAAUUCUGUGAGCCCACAUCAUCCACUUGUAAUGGCCAUGGGUACUGUACUAGCAACUGCAACAUAACCUCUUUUUGUGAAAACCCCGAAGAAAUCUGUGUAGCUAUCUGGAGAGAAAACUUGAAAAAUGUUACAAUAGAAACAAUGUGUCAUGAUCCCAAAGUGGAACUGUUUGGCCACAACUUGAUGGAAUCAUUAUCAGACACAUGUAUCAUGCAGAAGAAAAAGUCACACAGAGAAAAACUUUACAUCUGCUCUUGUUUAGAGGAAGAAUGUAAUGACAUUCUUCACUUCCCUGGUGCCAAGGCAGCGGGUAGUAUAAAAGAAAAGAAUGCUGCUAUUACUAAUGUUUUACCUGUACAGACAUUACAAAAAGAAGAAAAUAAGAAAAUUGGGCAGCUUGGAGAGUACAAAUUGUCCGCACUAUGCAGGUUUUGUGACGUGACACAAACGUCAUGUAAGCCAAACCAAGGCCAGUGUGAAAGUACCUGUACGAGAAAUGCCAUUUGUGAGUUCAAAGAAGAAGUGUGCGUCUCUGUAUGGAGGCAGAAUGAUGAAAAUAUAACAGAGGAGACGCUUUGUCAUGACCCCAAGGUGAAAUUGUAUGGGCACAAGCUAGAUGACUACAACUCGUCAAGAUGUCGAAUGAGAGAAGUGAAGAUGCCCGGAGAGACCAUGUACAUGUGCUCCUGCAGUGCUGAAGAAUGCAAUCUCAUAUAUUAUUUCGCAGAAGCAGAAACAGAGGUUGGAUGGAAAAACAUGGCUUCUCAUGUUGCACUGAUAAGUCUUCUUCCACCAAUUGGGAUUACUCUUGCAAUUAUUCUCAUCUUCUACUUCUACCGUAUCCAGAGGAAAAACAAACUCCACAAAAAAGGGAAGAAAGAUUCUAAAUGCAGAAAGCAUGGAAAUAUAGACUGCAGUGAUGCCCACGCCAUUAUGAUGGAUGAUGACCGUUCCGAUAUUAGCUCAACAUGUGCCAAUAACCUGAAUCACAACACCGAGCUUCUGCCAAUUGAAUUGGACACGUUGGUUGGAAAAGGCCGGUUUGCGGAAGUGUAUAAAGCUAAGCUCAAACAAAAUACUUCAGAACAGUUUGAAACUGUGGCGGUCAAAAUUUUUCCUUAUGAAGAAUAUGGAUCCUGGAAGAUGGAGAAAGAUAUUUUUUCAGAUGUAAAUCUGAAACAUGAAAAUAUUCUACAGUUCCUGACAGCUGAAGAGCGAAAGACGGACCUGGGAAAACAGUACUGGUUAAUCACAGCCUUCCAUUCUAAAGGCAAUCUACAAGAGUACUUAACAAGGCACAUCAUUUCAUGGGAGGGCCUUCUAAAGCUUGGAGGCUCUUUGUCCCGAGGCGUGGCUCAUUUGCACAGUGACCACACACCAUGUGGAAGACUCAAGACGCCAAUUAUUCACCGUGACUUAAAGAGCUCAAACAUACUUGUCAAAAAUGACCUCACUUGUUGCUUAUGUGACUUUGGUUUGUCCCUUUGGUUGGAUCUGUCUUUAACAGUAGAUGACCUUGCUAAUAGUGGGCAGGUUGGAACUGCCAGAUACAUGGCUCCAGAGGUCCUGGAGUCCAGAAUUAAUUUGGAGAACAUGGAAUCGUUUAAGCAAACAGAUGUGUACUCAAUGGCACUUGUGCUUUGGGAAAUCACGUCACGCUGUACUGCAAUUGGAGAGGUAAAAGACUACGAGCCUCCGUUUGGUUCCAAGGUGCGGGAGCAUCCCUGUGUUGAAAGUAUGAAGGACAAUGUACUGAGAGACAGAGGAAGACCCAAAAUUUCCAACAGUUGGCUUAAUCACCAGGGCAUACAACUAGUGUGCGAAACCAUAACCGAAUGUUGGGAUCAUGAUCCAGAAGCUCGACUCACAGCUCAAUGUGUGGUUGAAAGGUUCAAUGAAAUGGAGCAACUUGACAGACUGUCUGUGAGGAGUUGUUCUGAAGAGAAGAUUCCAGAAGACAUCUCAGAAGACACAAACAAAUAGAAACACACAUAGGAAUGCCAUUGACUGUGUAGUAAAAGGCCUUCUAGGAAUCGGCAUUUUGUAAACCUAUGCAACCCAAUGAAAUGACUUGCAGAAACGAUGUAUUCUCCAUAUGGCUGGAGGGACAAAAACAGGAUUAAGUUACACUGACAACCAGAGCGGUAUAUGCAGAGUAGUUUGUGGCUUGGCAUUGGAUGAACAUUAAGAUUAAAUGACUCCUCAGGAUAUUUCUAUUUUUUUAUAGUCAGAAUAUAUUUGCACUUUAUAUGUAUUUGUAUAAAGCCAUAUGUUGACUUUAUAGUAUGUAUUAUAUGAUAUAAACCAAAACACUUUCCCAGGAAAAUGUAUAAUACAGAGGAAAA